GUCUACUCUAAUUUUCAUCCAGAUCGGAUAUCUUUUUGCGAUAGUGAAACCAUCUAAACUGAGCUGUAUGCAUCUAUUUUAUGACUGGAAUAAAUGCACAGGUCUAUCCCGUACGUCUCCGCAUUUUCAUCUUUGAUGUUAUGCUGAUCACGAGGCCUGAUCGUUAAGCUCCAAUAAUGAUACUUUUUCGAACUCUUCUGCGGCUUAUCCAUGAUAAAAGAGUCCAACCCUGCAGACAAGAAAUAUCUUACGCGUCUUCAAGGAGCUCAGGGUAGUUGAGCCUGGGGAUAGGGAUUUGCUUUUUCACCGUAAGAUGUUACCUCUCUAUCAAAUAAAAUAAAGGAGGCAAAAAGAAGAAGAAGGAGGAGGAGGAUCUUUCCCGUGGGAUUUUAUCCCCGCGAAGCGUUGGGUAUCGCAUGUAUGUGACCCCCUAAUUUUGACUGCGUGGUAGAUAUCAUUCCUGGGGCUUGGUGGGAACAUCGUGUGGAUGAGAACCAGUCGGGUUCCAUCUGAAAAUAAACUAUAUUCUGCAAAGGUGCUAGGUCUCAUGCGGAGGAAGAGUGUCGGUGCUGUACAAACAAAUAGUGGUUCUUUGUAUAGGUGUACCUGUUUCCAUAUCGGCUGUGCGUUUUUCGUUUGAGUCUUGAUGAUAAAGACUCUAUCAUGAAACGAAAACUGUCGAAAAAAAAUACCACAUAUUUAAGAAUAUGGACAGAAUUUGAGUGAGAUAAUUAUAGCAACAAUUGUUGAAAAGUGCAACUACUGUUGUGUGAUGAUUAGUAUUGUUGUUAUUAUUAUUGUCUUUCUUUUACAUACAUUUUAUUUGUAAAGACCACAAAUAGUCUUUGGUGUUACUAGUUUUAAAUAUCAACUAUUAUUUAGAAAAACUUCAUUUGUAAAAAAAAAAAAGAAGGCGUGUUUGCCAAAUAAAUAGUAGACGUGCAAAGGAGUACCGGUUUCUUGAUUCCCCUCCUUCGCGCUCAGAAAGCAUGCCCAAAUCAUCGGAUAUUAACUAUAAUGCGGACAUGCCGAAGAAUAUGAUCACCGAUGCCCGUGUCCUCCUGAUAGAAGCUUUUGAGACCUAUUCCGUAGAGAACGCCGUAGCGACGCACAUCAAACGUGAAUUUGCGAAGAGGUACAAAGGCGUUUGGCAUUGUAUUGUUGGAAAGAACUUUGGAUCCUACGUCACGCAUGAGGUGAAAGGCUAUAUUUACAUGACCUGGGGGCCCAUGUCUGUUCUUUUGUGGAAAUCCGUGACGUAACGAUCUCCUUAGCCGCCCUCCUGAACUACGGAUUGCGAUCCAACCAGCCGGUAAAUCCUUGACUUACCCUUUAAGCAGAACUUAUAAAAUAAGGUCUAUUCAAAUCAUGUUUUAUCCCCCUAAGUGUGCGAUGUUUUGUGUUCCCGUUUACAGAACUCAGACACUAUCGAUAGUGAUGUAUAAUAUAACUUUUGACUAAAGGGCUAAAAACGCUCCUUUUGCGGCAUAUUAAAAUGCGCUGUAUCUGUGAAACUCCAUGCGAUA